AUGUCAGAAUUUGCACCUAUUUCUAUCUAUUUAGUGAUUAGUCCGCUAGUUUCUUUGAUCCUACUUGGUCUUCCUUUUCCAUUUGCUUCCAAUAGUUCGACCUAUCCAGAAAAAUUGUCGGCCUACGAAUGUGGUUUCGAUCCUUUCGGUGAUGCCAGAAGUCGUUUCGAUAUAAGAUUUUAUCUUGUUUCAAUUUUAUUUAUUAUCCCUGAUCCGGAAGUAACCUUUUCCUUUCCUUGGGCAGUACCUCCCAACAAGAUUGAUCUCUUUGGAUUUUGGUCCAUGAUGGCCUUUUUAUUGAUUUUGACGAUUGGAUCUUUUUAUGAAUGGAAAAGGGGUGCUUCGGAUCGGGAGUAA